AUGUCCGCCGAACAAGACGUGAAGACCGAGGAGCAGAUCCCGCUGACCGAUCAAACGGCUCCGGAAGAGCCGGCCGUCGCCGCGCCAGAAGAGCCGAAACCGAAGAAAAACUGGUUCACUUGGGGUAAAAAGAAGGCCACAAAUGAGGCUAACGUCGAGGAAGGAGCUGUUGGCGCCGGCGAUGAGACCCUCGAGAAGGAGAAGAAGGAGAAAAAGUGCUGGUGGAAGAAGUGCAACAAGGGCGAGAAUGAGCAGAAGGUGAGCAUUCGAUUCGAUUCUAGAAGGCUUUUGAACAUUAACGUUUUAGGAUGAAAACAUCGCGAUCGGCAUCGACCUCGUCAACCGUGACUCCAAUGCGCUCAACUCGCACGUCCAGCUCGACUUCUCCGACAUCUUCGGCGAGCCGGAUGCGACGCACUCGUGGGACUUCAACUGGCGCCUCCAGCACACCGUCUUCACCGCCACGCGCCUGUUCGUCUACCGUCUCGUCUCGCUGCUCGCCCUCCCGUUCACGUUCCUUUUCGCCAUCUUCUUCGGUCUCCUCGCCUCGAUCAACGUGUUCGUCGUCGUGCCGGCCGCCAAAUUGCUCUCGAUCCCCGGAAAUUUGCUCGCCAAUCUCUGGCACUGGCUCAUCCACGCGUUGUUCGAUCCGAUCGCGUCGUCCGUCGGAUUGCUCCUCUCGAAGAUCACCGUCCGCAAGUACGGUAUCAAUCAGGAGACGACUGCGCCGUGUGUCUAA